AUGAGUGUGAAUUUGGCCAUUGAGGAUUUUGUGGUAGUACCCUCACCAGAUCCUAUCAACGUCUCUGUUCCUGGGGAGGAAUACUUAGGUCCUCAUAAAGUACUUCAGGCAAUGGAGCAAUCCUACAGAUCUACAAUCUCUAUCUACAAGAAUAUCCUGGAACAGUUUAACCCAGCUCUGGAGAAUCUGGUGUACCUGGGUAAUAAAUACCUAAGGGCUUUCCAUGUGUUAGCUGAGGCCGCUGAUGUCUAUUUUACAGCAAUUCAAAAGAUUGGGGAACAAGCCCUUCAGAGCUCUACCUCACAAAUAUUGGGUGAAAUUUUGAUACAGAUGUCUGACACUCAAAUACAUUUGAACCGCAACCUGGAAGUAGUAGCACAGACCUUCCAUGUGGACUUGCUGCAGCACGUGGAGAAAAACACCAAGAUGGAUAUGCAGUUCAUCAAUGAGAGCCGGCAGCGAUAUGAGAAGGAAUACCGACGCAGAGCAGCCAACAUAGAUAAAUGCAUUUCAGAUCUGUGGAGAAUGGAGAGAACACGAGACAAGAACACCCGGGAGAUGAAGGAGAACAUGAUGCACUUGCACACUGAGAUGCAGGAUUUUGUCAAUGAGAGCCAAAAGGCUGCUGAGAUGGAGGAGAAACGCCGCUAUCGCUUCCUAGCUGAGAAGCACCAACUAUUCUCCAAUACCUUCCUCCAGUUCUACACCAGGGCCCGUACCAUCAUUCAGAACAAAGCACCACUGUGGAAGGAACAGUUGGAGGCCACCCGCAAUCCUGCCCAAACCUUUCUCAACAUAACCCCCAACCACGGUGCCUCAUCUGGCUCUCUGGUUCCUAGUCCUGUCCUUGAGUUGCCCCAGAGGCCUUUGGGUGAUUUCAGUUCAGUGACAGCAGGACGAAGCUCCAGCCCCUUCCCACAGGAGACAGCAGAAAUGUUGCCUUCCCCUCAGUCAGAGCCAAGAAGGAGAACCCUGAAAAGAACUCCCUCUAUCGGCUCCCUCUCCACUGGCCAACGUUCUCGUUCUAGCUCCUUUGGGGAGCAGGCGGCAAGAAGAGCAGAAGCUGGGGGUAAAGAGGGGAACAGCAAUAGCAUGCUGAAAGUCCAAGCAAUAGCGCCCCACUUGACUGGUUCCAAUCAGACCCUUUUGCAGUUCAGCCUUGGGGAUGUAGUCACCGUGCUGAUACCAGAAGCACAGAAUGGCUGGUUGUAUGGCAAGCUGGAAGGUACAUCCAUGAGUGGCUGGUUUCCUGAAGCUUUUGUGAAGCCACUGGUGGAGGUGAGAGGCGCUGAGGAGAUAACCCCCAGAAUGUUCCCCCUGCGGAGCAGUCACAGUGUCAAUGACCUUCUGGAUCAGCCCAGCAGCACCCCGUCUGCUGGCAAUUACUGGCACAGCUCCAGCAGACCUCAGUCCCCAAGCCCAUCUCCUGCCAUGUUGGGGGCAGGCAGCCGUCGGAGUAGCACAGCCAAUGCCGCUGCCCCCUCGGAUUCCAAGAAGCCAGCAGGGUGGGAGCAUCCUCCAGAACUCUUCCCCAGAGGUACCAAUCCUUUUGCCACAGUCAAACUGCGUCCAACUGUGACCAACGACCGAUCAGCACCCAUCAUCCAGUGAAAGCUGGCUAUGGGAUUUGGGAGGGUGGGUGGCUUGCACAGGAAGUUGUACUAGACAAUCCUUCUCGUUCCUGAGCUCAGUUUGGCAUGAUCUUGAAAGCUGUUCCUCCCAAAGUGGUUAGCUUGGGUGGAGGAGACUACUUCCUUAGCCUUAUUUUCCACACCUGUUAUGUUGUAGUGGUCAAUAGGUCCCCAGGUCAUUUUGUUUCCAAACUAGGGCCUUUUAUAUAUAUGCAAAAGGUGCAUUUAUUUCCCACUUGUGGCACAUAGCCUGGCAUGCAUUUUGUUCAGAUUGUGCUCUUGUUACUGAGGACAUUAUAUUUUAUGAGUAAUGUUUUAAGGGUAACAUUUUGUCUCCAGGAGAAUGUGAUUUCCCCCAGCCCAAACAACCCAUGCAUAGCCUUUGUGCGGAUUGGGAUCAAGAGAUUGUGAAGGGCACCUAUUAGGUGUAACUUGUGACACAUUUUCAGGGCCAAACAACAUGUUACAUGGGAGAUCCAUAACUGAAUCUCCUGACAUUUUAAUUUUUACUCAAAAGCAGCAGUGGGUAAGGGGUGACUCCAAAUUUAAUUGGAGCAAUGUCGCUGGGGGAAGUAUUUUUUAAAAAAAACUUUCCGCCUGUGCCAUUUUCCUGAUCUAAAUUGCUCCUUCCAGGCUUCUGUUAGCCCCACCACAGAAAAAA